GCCAGGACUACCAGCAGCAUCUCUACACACACUCUGGUGGCCCAGACUCGUGGUGUGCCCACAGCCAGGUCCACAUCCAGCCAGGACUCUGAGCCACAGCCCGCCGAGGUCAUGUCGGACUACGAGAACGAUGACGAGUGCUGGAAUGCCCUUGAGAGCUUCCGGGUGAAGCUCAUCUCGGUCAUCGACCCUUCGCGUAUCACCCCCUAUCUGCGGCAGUGCAAGGUCCUGAACCCUGAUGACGAGGAACAGGUGCUCAGCGACCCCAACUUGGUCAUCCGCAAGCGGAAAGUGGGUGUGCUCCUGGACAUCCUGCAGCGGACAGGACACAAAGGCUACGUGGCCUUCCUUGAGAGCCUGGAACUGUACUACCCACAACUGUACAGGAAGGUCACAGGCAAGGAGCCAGCCCGCGUCUUCUCCAUGAUCAUUGAUGCAUCCGGGGAGUCGGGCCUGACGCAGCUGCUGAUGACUGAGGUCAUGAAGCUGCAGAAGAAGGUGCAGGACCUGACGGCGCUGCUGAGCUCCAAGGAGGACUUCAUCAAGGAGCUGCGCGUGAAGGACAGCCUGUUGCGCAAGCAGCAGGAGCGCGUGCAGCGGCUCAAGGAGGAGUGCGAGCUGGGCGGCCGGGAGCUGAAGCGCUGCAAGGACGAGAACUACGACCUGGCCAUGCGCCUGGCUUGCCUGAGUGAGGAGAAGGGUGCGGCGCUCAUGCGGAACCGCGACCUGCAGCUCGAGGUGGACCGGCUGCGGCACAGCCUCAUGAAGGCAGAGGAUGACUGCAAGGUGGAGCGCAAACACACGCUGAAGCUCAGGCACGCCAUGGAGCAGCGGCCCAGCCAGGAGCUGCUGUGGGAGCUGCAGCAGGAGAAGGUCCUGCUGCAGGCCCGGGUGCAGGAGCUGGAGAACUCUGUGCAGGAGCGGAAACUGGACCGGAACAGCCCCUACAUACAGGUGCUGGAAAAGGACUGGCGCCAGGCACUGAGGGAGAACCAGGAGCAGGUCAACACCAUCUUCUCCCUGCGCAAGGACCUCCGCCAGGCCGAGACCCUUCGUACUCGGUGCACAGAGGAGAGAGAGAUGUUUGAGCUGCAGUGCCUGGCCCUGCGCAAGGACUCCAAGAUGUACAAGGACCGCAUCGAGGCCAUCCUGCAGCAGAUGGAGGAGGUUGCUAUUGAGAGAGACCAGGCCAUGGCCUCGAAAGAGGAGUUGCACAAGCAGUGUGCCCAGGGCUUUCAAGAGAAAGAUGAGCUGCGCAAGCACAUCCGGGCACUGAGCGAGAAGGCGGACGAGUUGCAGCUGCAGCUCUUCCAGUGCGAGGGCCGGCUGCUGGCCGCCGAGGGCAGUCUCAAGCAGCAGCAGCUGGACGUGCUCAUGCUGAGUUCUGACCUGGAGGACAACUCACCCAGAAACUCCCAAGAGCUCUCACUGCCCCGGGAUCUGGAGGAGGACGCCCAGCUCUCAGACAAAGGCGGCCUGGUGGACAGGGAGAGCCCGGAACAGUCCUUUGUGACUCUGGACAAGGAACAACUUUCACAGACCUAUAUCUCGGGCCCCAGCAGCGGCGAGCCCCCGGAGAAGGAGCGGCGGCGCCUCAAGGAGAGCUUCGAAAACUACCGCAGGAAGCGGGCGCUCAGGAAGAUGCAGAACGGCUGGCGGCAGGGCGAGGAGGACCGCGGGAACACCACGGGCAGCGACAACACCGACACCGAGGGCUCCUAGCGCGUGCAGACCCCUCCGUGCCGCGGCGCGAACAUCUGUUUUUGUUGUUGUUUGUUUUUGUGAAGUAGGAUCUCACUCUAGCCCCAGAACUCACUAUGUAGUCUCAGGGUGGUCUCGAACUCAUGGAGAUCCUCCUACCUCUGCCUCCCAUGAGCGCUGGGAUCAAAGAUGUGCGCCACCACAUCUUCCAUCUAUGUAUUUUUGAAAGGAUGCUGCGUUUUCAUUGUACGCCACAUGUGCGUGUGAAAGUUGCAGUUAAGUAAAUAAAAAAAAAAGUGACUUUGGAACUC